AUGCUAGUCCUCCAUCUGUUCUAUCCCGUAAUAACAAUAUCUGAGCUUGAAUACAUGAACAGGACAUCUAUCUUUGUGGCAUCGUCUGUUUUUGUGGCGUCUGCGUUCACUCUGUUUUGUUUCUCGAGACUAUUUCAAAGACCGCAUGUUAAAAAAGUCUCGUUCAAGCCAUCAGUGCCUCGUUUCACAUUAGGCGAUACGUCACUCCCUAAAGUUAUCGAAUUCGACAAGGGAAAUUUAACGCUUGAUUUCUGUACAUCCAUCUGUACACUGAUCAAUAUAUCUGAUUAUGACACAAGACAGAAGCUUAUCAUCAGUCUUCAUCAAGCUUCAUCAUUUCGUCGGAACUUUGAUGUCAUUAGGGACUCUAAGUGCCUAGAACUCCUCCUAUCUCUCCUGGAUUCUACCUCAGGGACGUUAUCAGGACGCCAGCAAAACCUAAACAUUCUUCACGUUGUAAUGAACUUGGUGUGCGAUCAACAAAAUUUUCCAAUCAUAAAGGACUAUCUCGAUGAUAUUUUAUUAAUAGCAAAUACAGUGGAAUACAGUGAUCAAGCAUGCGUUGCUCUUCAGGUCCUCGGUAAUAUAGCAUUAACUCCAGAUGGAUGCAAAUUGCUACGUAAUAAAUGUGGUUAUCUCUGUAAUAUGUUAAAAAUGGGCGAUCCAUAUGUCCUACGAAAUCUACUAGUAGUUUUUGUGAAUCUGUCCUGUGACAUAGAUUGUUGUGGUGAAAUUCUUACACAGGAUCAUGAGGAAUUUAUGAAAACUUUGGAGUAUUCAUUGUCUUCGAGUGCACCCAUAUCAGUUUCUCUGAAAAUGAUCGUUCUCCUCAAUAAUCUAUAUUCUUGGAUGAUACAGAAGCAAGAAACUUCACGGAAUUCAUCUGAUUCCUCACCCUCUUCAAAGUCUAUAGCUAAUUCACUUAAGAAUAAUUGCACUCUAGUUAAAUCGUGGAUUAUGUUCUUGAUAUCUUCAUCAAAAGACCCGGGUGAACUCGAAUUUCAUUUGCAAAAGCUUGCAUCUUCUUUGGAAAAGGUGGAAAAUUUCAACGUUGAGUUAUGA